GAUUUAUAUAUAAGCAGGUAGGCACUGACCAAAUUGGCAUAUUCUACCUCUGCUCAUCAUCAUCUCUCUUUAUCUUUCAAUAGUCAAGACUCUUCUCUUCUCUGCUCUUCCUUUUCCAUUAGCUUGAUUUCCCCGUUUUUACGAAAUUUUUGGUGUUUGAGGAAGAUGGGUAGACAACCAUGCUGUGACAAAGUUGGGUUAAAGAAGGGUCCUUGGACAGCAGAGGAGGAUAAGAAACUCAUCAACUUCAUCCUCAACAAUGGCCAAUGCUGCUGGAGAGCUGUUCCUAAGCUUGCAGGAUUGUUAAGGUGUGGGAAAAGUUGCAGGCUGAGAUGGACUAACUAUUUAAGGCCAGAUUUGAAGAGAGGUUUUUUAUCAGAACAUGAAGAGAAAAUGGUCAUUGAUCUCCAUGCUCAACUCGGCAACAGAUGGUCCAAGAUUGCAUCUCAUCUACCCGGAAGAACAGAUAAUGAAAUCAAGAAUAACUGGAAUACCCACAUCAAGAAAAAGCUUAGAAAAAUGGGCAUUGAUCCUCUUACCCACAAGCCAUUCCCUACCAGUGAACCACCCCCACCACCACCACCUCAAGAACAACAAGAAGUGCAAGAACAGCAACAAGCACAAUCUUACUCCACAAAUGCCAUGGCUGAAUUGGAACAAAACAAGGAAACCGAAACAUCUGUGCAAUCAAGCACUACUGAAGAGACAAAAGUAGAGGAAGAAAAAAGAAUGACAAGCACAUUUGAGACAAUGGAGCCGAUGAAUUAUGGCUUUUGCAUUGAUGAUGUUCCCUUAAUUGAACCCCAUGAGAUGCUGGUCCCUUGUACUGCCGCACCUUCUUCCUCUUCAUCAACAAUAACAACAACAUCUUCAUCUUCCUCAUCUUCCCAUGGCCCAUACAAUAACUUAUUCCUUGAAGGCUUUCAAUUCGCAGAUUUUGAGUGGCCUGAUAAUGAUAUUGACUGGUGGGUUGAUGACUUAAGUAGUUGUUGGGACUUGUUAAUUAACGAUGUUGAUUCUGACAGAAAGCAAGUAGAUGCUCUUGAUGAUCAUUAUCCUCAUGCUCCUAUCAAUCAGUACCCAGAAAUGGUUUUGGAUAAAGAUUCUUCGACAUAUGGGAUCCUGUAAUUUCAAAAAAGAAAAGACAAAAAAAAAAGGGCUUACUUUAGUUA